AUGAGAGGCCAUGAUCGGAUUAACAAUUGCUUGCCGGAGGAACUAAUCAUCGACAUAUUCCGGCGACUUGAAUCAAAACCCAGCCGUGACGCUUGUUCCCUUGUCUGCAAACGAUGGCUAUCUCUCGAGCGACUUAGCCGUACCACCCUUCGUAUCGGCGCUUCCUUUUCUCCCGACAUAUUCGUCACUCUUCUCUCUCGCCGAUUCCUCCAUGUUACUUCCAUCCAUGUCGAUGAGCGUCUCUCCGUCUCUCUUCCUUCCCUCUCUCCUCCUCCCAAAAGAAAGCGUGGGAGGGACAAGUCAUCGCCUUCAUCGAGGAAACGUAGUAAGGAUUUGAGUGAUAACACAUAUUCUGAAGCUGAGAACACGGAGUCUUGCAGCUUGACUGAUGCGGGAUUGACUGCUCUCGCGGAUGGUUUUCCGAGGCUAGAAAACUUGAGCUUGAUUUGGUGCCCUAAUGUUUCGAGUUUUGGUUUGCAUUCUCUUGCUCAGAAGUGUACUUCUCUUAAAUCCCUGGAUCUACAGGGUUGCUAUGUUGGAGAUCAAGGCUUAGCAGCUGUUGGAAAGUUUUGUAAGAAACUUGAAGAACUAAACUUGCGUUUUUGUGAAGGCUUAACUGAUGCUGGAGUUAUUGAUCUAGUUGUUGGUUGUGCGAAGUCCUUGAAAUCCAUCGGUGUUGCUGCCUUAGCAAAAAUAUCAGAUUUAUCUCUGGAAGCAGUUGGCUCUCACUGUAAAUUUCUAGAAAUAUUGAGUUUGGAUUCUGAAUAUGUCCAUGAUAAAGGAGUGAUAGCGGUAGCUCAGGGUUGCAAACGGUUGAGAAAUCUGAAGCUUCAGUGUGUUAAUGUAACGGAUGAGGCAUUUACCUCUGUGGGAGAGUUGUGUCCUUUGUUGGAGGGAUUGGCUUUGUAUAGCUUCCAGCAAUUUACUGACAAGGGAAUGCGGGCCAUUGGGAAAGGGUGUAAUAAGCUGAAAAAUCUCACUUUAAGUGAUUGCUACUUUGUAAGUUGCAAAGGUUUAGAAGCUGUUGCUCAUGGUUGCAAGGAACUGACGCGUCUAGAAAUUAAUGGAUGCCACAACAUCGGUACUCUUGGAGUAGAGGCAAUUGGAAAAUCUUGCCGACGCCUCACUGAGUUGGCUUUAUUAUAUUGUCAAAGGAUUGGUAAUUCCGCUCUUCAAGAAAUUGGAAAGGGGUGUAAAUCCCUAGAGAUACUUCACUUAUUAGACUGUUCAAUCAUUGGAGACAACGCUAUAUGCAGUAUUGCUAAAGGCUGUGGCAACCUCAAGAAACUCCAUAUCCGCAGAUGCUACGAGAUUGGAAACAAAGGAGUUAUAGCUGUUGGAAAGCAUUGCAAGUCACUAACCGAGCUUAGUCUCCGGUUUUGCGAUAAAGUUGGAGAUGAAGCAUUAAUCGCCAUUGGAGAAGGUUGCUCCUUACAACAACUAAAUGUAACUGGUUGUCAUCAAAUUGGAGAUGCUGGAAUCACAGCAAUAGCCAGAGGCUCUCCUCGACUCACUCACCUUGACAUUAGCGUACUUCAGGACGUUGGAGACAUGUCGUUGGCUGAGCUUGGAGAAGGAUGUCCAAUGCUCAAAGACUUGGUCUUGUCCCAUUGCCACGAUAUAACAGACAAUGGUCUGAACCAUCUUGUAGAGAAGUGCAAGUUGCUAGAGACUUGUCACAUGGUUUACUGUCCAGGGGUCACUUCGGCAGGAGUGGCUACUGUCGUCUCGAGCUGUCCUCACAUCAAAAAAGUGUUGAUAGAGAAAUGGAAAGUGAGCCAGAGGACGAUAAGGAGAGCUGGAUCGGUUAUCUCUUAUCUCUGUAUGGAUCUCUAG